AUGGAUAUGGAAGACGACUCCGAUCCAAUCCCGAUUGACAUCAUUCUCGAGAUACUAUCGAGAUCAUCUGCCAAGUCCAUCGCUAGGUUUGGUCUCGCAUCCAAGUUCUGCGCGUCCAUACUUAGCCGUCCAGAUUUCACCGAGUUGUUCUUGACUAAGUCUUCGAGUCGGCCACGUCUCUUAUUCGCAGUCCGAGAAGAUUCCCGUAACUUGUGGUUGUACUCAUCGCCUCAGCCUCACAAUCUAGAUAAGAACGAUCCUUCUCUUAUAGUAGCAGCCGAUUUUCAUAUGCAGUUACCAAUUGCAUACAUUGACGAAAAGGAAGUGUCUGACCCUGUUUCUAGCUUACUAUAUUUCCCUAGAAUGCAAAUCUCAGAGGAUGAGAGAGAUGAUUUGCCGGUGAUAUGUAACCCUAGCACAGGACAGUACGCGAGAUUACCUCAAAUGAAAAGGAAGAACCAUUCGAGAAGCCUUUUAGGGUAUGAUCCGAUUAGCAAACAGUUCAAGGUACUGGCCGUAACCAAAAAUCGUCAUGGAGAGGGAUAUAUCCUGACAUUAGGAACUGGAAGAAUGUCAUGGAGGAAGGUCCAACUUCGAGUGAACCAUUAUCCUAAAAGUCGAGGAGGGAUAUGCAUUAAUGGGGUUUUGUAUUACCUAGCUGCUGGCUACCAAAACAUUGAGAAAAUAGCUUGUUUUGAUGUUAGGUCUGAGAAGCUUAGGUUUCUUGAUGAAGACUCUACUACCGAGAGCAUAUUCAGUUGUUCUUCUCGCAGCAGAAAACUGAUUAAUUACAAGGGUAAAUUAGGCGUGACCAGUUUGGUCCGAAUCAGGAACUACGGUCAACAAUUUACUAGAAUCCGGUUGCGGUUGUGGAUUCUUGAGGAUGUCCAGAAACAGGAAUGGCUGCAUCGUGAAUACCAUUUGCUCGAGAAUUUGGCUUUGAAGGUCGUAUGUCCGUUGUUGGAGUGACUGCUUAUGGUGAAGUUAUUCUGUCCCUGGACUAUCCAUAUAUUAAACCCUUCUUUGUGUUCUACUUCAAUCCCGAAAGAAACACUCUGGAACAAGUUGUAAUCCAAGGUUUAGUAGCGCCUGAAAUUAAUAGUAUAGUUUACACCUUUGUAGACUAUGCAGAAGAUUACA